CUUCGAUCUGCCCCUCUCUUUCCUCCUCAUCCACACCAAAUUAAAAACCCUCCAUCCUCUUUCUCUCUCACUCUCCUCAUCCACCCCUCUCUCUCUCUCUCCUUUCAAACAUUUGAACUUUUGGAUAAGAACAAUCAACAAACAAAUGGGUGGUGAUGAUACACUACUUUCCCCUGAAAACCCAUGUACUGGUAGGAAAAGGUUGAUAUUAGAAGAGUUGAUCAACGGCCGAGAUUUGGCCACCCAACUUCAGAUUCUACUUCAGAACCCAUCUGCAGAUCAUGGGUCUGUCUCUGUUGAAGAGAUUGGGGUCAAAAUCUUGAGAUCUUUCACUGACACUCUCUCUGUGUUGAUGUCAUGUAAUGAUUCCGGUGAGGUGUGUCAGAUUCCGGCGAGUACUCUCAGCUCCGGUGAUCAGACUUCUGUAGAUUCCGGCGAGAGUAGUAAGAGGUCGCCGCCGGUGAAGGAUCGGAGGGGUUGUUACAAGAGGAGAAAGAUUUUAGAUUCAUGGACGGAAGUCUCACCCUCAACGGAAGAUGGUCAUGCAUGGAGGAAAUAUGGACAAAAAGAGAUCCUCAAUGCCAAAUUUCCAAGGAACUACUUUAGGUGCACACACAAGGUUGCUCGAGGCUGCAGAGCAACUAAGCAAGUCCAAAGAAUCCAAGAGGACCCAAACAUGUACCAAACCACAUACUUUGGCCACCAUACAUGCAGAGCAACAAUAACACUCGUUGAUCCUUUACAAAACAUUUCAGAUUCUGAUCAUCCUCUGGAUUCUUGUUUAAUUAAUUUUGAAUCGAAGAGUCCAAUCGAGCAAUAUCAUCAUCUCUCACGUUCACAAUUCGCUUCGAUAAAUGAAGAAUCGAAGGAAUUAGAGGCUCAGAGUGAUCGGUUGUCUGAGAAUGUAUCGUCAUUGGACUCGGUUGUUGUGUGGCCUGAGCUAAUGACUGGUUCUCAUGGUUUGGACAUGGAGUUGUUUAUGAAUCCUGUUGAUUUUGACAGUUACUUCCAUUUUGAUGAGAGUGAGUUCAUUUAGGCUUUCUAAUUAAGAGUAAAUUCUCAUGUUUUGUGUACGUAAUCAUGUAUAAUUACCUAAAAAAAAAAUGUAAUCAUGUAUCCUACUUUAGGGAAUGCAAAUGUUUUUGAUAUUUUGCUUUUGUAA